CGUAAAGCGCCAAUGUUGUGACCAGUCGUCCUCGGAGCGAAGCUGUCAGUCGCCCUUCAACACCGAAACAGUGCUUUCCUCGGCCAGAACAGACCCCACGAGUCCACCCUAUCGUUAAACCAUGGCAGGGACAAUUGCACGGAAAGCUAUUGACCACCUGAAGAGCAAAGAGUUCAGGGAAUAUUUGAUGAGCACGCAUUUCUGGGGUCCUGUGGCAAACUGGGGUCUUCCUAUAGCCGCCCUCGCAGAUAUGAAGAAGAGCCCUGAGAUCAUCAGUGGCAGGAUGACCUUCGCUCUUUCCUGCUAUUCACUGCUCUUCAUGAGGUUCGCUUACAAGGUGCAGCCACGCAACUGGCUACUGUUUGCUUGCCAUUUGACCAAUGAGACAGCGCAGCUAAUCCAGGGAGGGCGUCUCAUCAAAUACAACAUGGAGAAGAAGAUAAAAUCCUAGUGGCAGAGUGGCACCAUGCAGCUUCAGCGGACUCCUAAACCUGCACAUCAAAACCCAUACAUCUAAACAUCUUAAUUGAUGAUUAAAACCGUGGCACCAUUUUUUAACCUGACAGUUCACCAUUAUGAAGUUUUAUUUCCUUUUUACUACACAAACAGAACAGUGCAGAUAGUUUCCUCCAAGAAUGAAGGUCAACUGCUGUAAUUUAUUUUGAGAUGUUUGCAACAUUCAACAUGCCACACAAAAAUAUAAUGUGGGUGAAUGUACACUCAGCUUACAAGCCUGAAGGUUAUAUGCGUUGCACACUGGAUCCUUUGGCUGUUGCACACUUUGAAACUAGGAUGAAUAAUUCCUUAUUUACUAAUCAUCUAACUUCAGGUCAUCAGCAUUAAUAUUUUUAUUACCUUCUUUUCUGCUUGGUAAUUGAAAUAUUAAUGGUAUUUCAUAGAGAACUUAGCCUGAGGUCCAUUUGUGCUAGUAUGUCCACAGCAUGGCAAAUUAUCACCGGCCUAGCAUAUGGACUUUCACUCAUUAACCGUUGCUUAAACAUAGAGGACACACACAUACAGAGCAAAGCUUUUAGUUUGUUAUGCUGUGGAGCAAGUUAUGCAAUUUGACAUGGUUUUACAGCAUAAUGAAUGAUGAUUAUUUAAACAUGUUUAACUCACACAAAAUAAAUACAUUUGUCUUUUUUUAUGUGGUGAAGCUGCCCACACUGUACAGCUGUACAAUCAGAAUGAGAGCAUAUUGUACAAGACAAGCUGCUUCUGUCAGUGCUGACCAAACAUGUACUGUGAGUUUUUGUCAUAUGUCAUUCACAUUAAUUUAUUGACAUUGUAUAAUCCACAUUACUUUUCCCUGAUUAAUGAUUUGAUCCUCUGGGUUUGUGAAAAUAAACUGGAUAUAAUGAACUUAAACACA